GUCACAUAGCAAAGAAAUUUUGCAGAAAUUUCCAUGAAAUCUUAGUUAAAAAUCCACUGGUUAAUCAUUACACCCUUCUGACUUUAAAUGUUGUUAAUCUUAAGUACAAGUAUUUUUGUGAAAUAUCAGACAUCUGUGGCAUAUUGAUGAUUUGUAAGGAGUUUUUAAAAAAACGCUCAUCGUGAGAAGAGAAUAUAAAUGUUCUACUUUUCACAUUGUGAUGGAUUGUUCAUUUCAAAGUUGAAACAAAAAACAGGAUUUUAAUUAGUUUUAAAUAAGCAGUAUGGACUUAAAACAAACUGGUAAAAAUCCAUAUAAUAACAACUGGAUGCCUACAUGUCUGCAUUGCAUGAACUACUAGCAAUGUAGUUCAUUGUUCAAGCAAAAAUUGUUCUGGUGUGCACAUUAACUCCACCUAAGCUAAUGCAUAUUAUCAUGAAAGAUAAUCAUUAUUUAUUGCAAUUUUGAAUUAAUAAAGCUAUCAGAUAUGCUAAUUCCUUGGGAUAUGAAUACUUUGGAAUGUCAUAUAUCUGAAACAUAUUUAAACAGUUUGAACCACAUUUGCUAGGGCACUGAAAAUGUGAUAUUGUAACAGUUACUUCUAACAUGGCAAUCGUUUUACUAUUGGGAAAAAAUGUUCAUUUCUGUUUGUACACUGAUGAUCAGAGAUAUGACAACUGGAGGCUGCUUACGCUUACACUGUCUUCCCCAACCCCCAGCAUACCAAGUAGUCUCUAGCCAACCCCUAGCAUGCUGAGGUGUCUCUAGCAAUCACUGAGUUAUGAGUUCAUGCCACUUACCAUCAAGUCAGUUUGUUUCAUAAUAUAUAUUUCUCAGACGCUGACAGUGCAGCCCGACUUCUCUUCAUGUCAGAAAAACCUCACCACUUGGCAGACACCACAGAACAUUUGUGUUGCACAAAUGUUUCUUGAUCUCUUCUCUAUUUGCAUGCCCUCCCCCAGGCUGAAAAUUCAAACUUUUAUCGAUGGGAAUAAACUUGCCUUUUAUACAUUUUUUCAGUCCUCUGCCAACUUGAGUCACAGGCUUUGCGCUUGGGUCUAGUUUCCUUCUGUUGGACAGUUGUGCAACUGUAACAAUGAUGUUUUAUAUUAAUUAGUGAAAUGCUUAUAUCUGCGUUGGCAGUAGUUAAUGUAAUAAUGUAUUCAUAAAUUGAGAACUGAAAGCAAAUAAACCAAAAAAAAAAACAUGCAACAGAAAAAGGGGAAUUGAUCUCACUUGAGAGUCCAUGAUGCUAGACUCACACUUUCAUUGCAUAUUUCCUUGGUGACAGAGCACAUUAUUCAAUGAAAUAUAGAAUGAAAAAUUCUAAUUCAUGAACAACAGAAAAAUAUUAAUUUGAACAUUCACAGCUCCAAGCAUUUCAUUGGGCUAUUUGAAAAGCACCCUGGUAAAAUGAAUCAUAGGUCAUUACAGUUCUUCAUUUGGGCAGGGGAUGUCCUACAUGAAGCCCUUAUGUAAGGGCUGUUUGUAUUUAUAGGUCAGAGGUUUACACACAGUUCUUUAGUUUUCAGAGCAGAGUUGGCAUAUGCGAGAAUCCUAGCAGUGGCUUUGUAGACCACCAUGCUUGCACAGAGGCGUCAGUGCAGAAUAAAACGGGUCCCCGUGGUGAAGCCCACAUGCUUCAGCCCUGCAGGAAACAGGAAGUGGUUUCAUGGUGCAGAAGGCCUCGUUUCUGCAGAUGAAGCGAGAGAAAUGAAAGCAGUUAAGCCCCCCCACUUCUCUACCUUUUUUUCUCAAAAUAUGUUAUGAACAUAACUGCUUUCAGAUCGUCACAGCUGUUUUAUAUGAUAAUAUUUUACCUCCCUUCAUGUUUGUAGUUCCAGUAUAGCACAUACCUUACUGAAGAGUGUACUGUGACACCCUCAUAUGCUGACUUCACAGAGACGCAGCAGCAUGAGGGUCAUAUGGCCUGAUCAGGCACUGCUCUUUCAGAACAGGAUCCAGAACAUAAUCCUGCUGCUCGGGCUGCUUUUCAUCACCGGGUCCCUGGCUACAAGAGUGACCACACCCAGGAACAUGACAGCCCUGACUGGAAACCCUGUGACCCUCACUUGUGACCUGGAUGGGGAUGGUAAGGUAUUCCAGGUGGAGUGGAACAGGUGUGAUGGGCGAAAGGUGCUCGUCUUCCACAGAGACCAUGGAAAAAGCGUCAACACUGGCUACCGAGAACGCAUCUCUGUGGUGACGUUGAACAGAUUCACAUUGCUUGAGACGAGAGCCAAUGACAGCGGAGAAUACUGCUGUGAACUUAGUACCUUUCCUCAUGGCACACUAAAGGGGAAACUUACCCUGCUCCUUCAGACGGACAUGUCACAAGUUUCCAGUUCCUCUUCACUGAUUGUAUCCAUUGUGAGUGGGAUUCUGGGCUUUGCAGUAUUGGGUGUACUCUUUGCUCUUCUGGUGUCAUGUCAGGGGAGGCGACGAAGGGUCCGGCACCCAGUGCACGUAGCUGUCCACUCUAGGGGCCUUCCCCAGAGCCACCAGUCCUUCCUCAAGACAAGUCCCUUGAACAUCAGGAGGGAAGGACAGGAAGAAAAGGAUGUGGAGGAAGAAGAAAAAGCAGAUUAUUUCAAUGUCUUGACUUCCAAAAUUGUCAACAACUCCUCAAAUUCUCCCUAGAGAGCAGAAUGCCCCCCCCCCCCCCCCCCCCACUAAAUAAUAUAUAUUUGUAUAUAAGAUAAUUGUUAAAAUUGUAUUUGCAAUUUGUUUCUUUCACCUAUAAAAAAAUACAGGAAUGUAUAUUGCAGACUAAAUAUUAUUGUGCUGUGAUUGCUUUUCCACUUAUAUGCAAUACAAGAAAUUGAUUUAUGCAAAAGAGAAGUUCUCUUGUGGACCCUCAACUUCACUGAAAUGUAAAUUUAUUAAAACUCAAAAAUGAAAUUCGAA